AUGGAUACUUGUAAGGAGUUGGAACAUCUUAUGGAAAAAAUUUGGUGGCAAACUGACUCUAUUCAUAAAACAGGUGUUAGUUGGAUGAGUUGGGAUCGUUUGAGUCGUCAUAAACAUGCUGGAGGCCUUGGCUUUCGAUGUUUGUGUGAUUUUAACAUGGCUCUUCUAGGAAAGCAAUGUUGGUGUUUUCUAGUCAAUGAUUGCUCCUUGGUGAGUAGAGUUCUUAAAGCAAAAUAUUACGCUCAUGGAUCCCUCCUUUCAGAUGAGUUGGGAGACAACCCAAGCUUCAUAUGGAGGAGUAUUUCGAAGCUAAGGAGCUAUUACAAGCAGGUGCUACUUGAACCAUUGGUACGGGUGAACGAAUCUCUAUCUUAG